AAUCAAUUGAUCACCGCGAAAUGUGGCAACUGUGUUUCGUAUUAGUUUGCAAAACAAACACAAAACAGAUUGUCCGGACGUCCGUGACGCGUUAGGUUCUUCGCAGUAUCCGCUUAGCUUACGAGUUUCAGCCAGUUCGACCUGUUAAUCAUUGGAACAAUAUGGAAGUUUUAACUCAAGCUCAACUCAAAAGACUGGAAAAACACAAAUAUAGUUCGCAAGGGACAUCGCUCUUGGAGCCGUAUUUUCAAGUUUUCUGGCGAUGGUUAGUUGAACGAUUUCCAUUAUGGAUUGCUCCCAACACAAUCACGAUAGCGGGAUUAAUUGUCAAUAUGGCAUCUGCUUUUAUGAUCAUGUUUUAUUCUCCCACUGGGACAGAAACGGCGCCAUCUUGGAUCUACCUCAUCAAUGCAAUAGGAUUAUUCAUUUAUCAAGCAUUGGAUGCCAUAGAUGGGAAGCAAGCCAGAAGAACUAACACUUCUUCCCCACUCGGAGAAUUAUUUGAUCACGGAUGCGACUCAAUAUCAACAGUUGUUGUGGCCAUCGCAACAGCGUGUUCUCUUCUACUUGGAAAGUCGCCUGAUAUGAUGUUUGCAUUGGUCAUGAGUUCCAUCGUUUUAUUCUACUGUGGACACUGGGUGUCGUAUGUAACAGGAACGCUACAUUUCGGAAAAAUGGACGUCACAGAAGUACAAGUUGCAACAAUGACUCUUUUCACUGUGUCAGGAAUAUGGGGCCCAGACAUAUGGGACAUCAGGCUCCCUCUAGCGGUAGUGAAUAUGCCGUUGAAAGCUCUACCUCUAUUUUUUGUCUUUGGUGGAUGUGCGUUCACGAUGGCACGGUUCGCUGGUCUCAUUGUCAAGGGAGGAUGUGGCCCUAAUGGAUCCUCAGUGGCGGGCACUAGUGUUCUUUCACCUUUUUUCAACAUGGCGAUUGUUUUUAUAUUUGCUUUAACGAUAGCAAAGAAGUCGGACAUCAUGUUGUUUGAAAACCAUCCUGUGCUAUAUCUUCUAUUCUUCGGAGUUGUCGGUGGAAAAGUCACAAAUCGAUUAGUGGUUGCUCACAUGACAAGCAGCGAAUUACCACUUUUGGAUACCUCGCUGUUGGGUCCUUUGCUAUUGUUCUUGAACCAAUAUUUCAACAGUCUUGUAAACGAGUAUUUUCUUUUAUGGAUUUGUAUGAUUCACGCCACGGUUGAUCUAGUCCAGUACCUUGCUUAUACAUACAGACAGAUUGCGCAACACCUCGGAAUCUCAAUUUUUUCGAUUACACCCCCAGCGUCCUCUCCAAAACAGGACGGUAACGGAGUAAAACAUAAAUAAGACUUUUUAUCGGAGAAAUUUUUUGUUUUAUUGAUUCCAUGGAGAGAUUUUAUUGAAAUUUAGAGAAUUUUUUUGUGUUUGUCAAAUUUUUGUUUCUGUUAGCAAAACGUCUUCAAUGAAUGGACUAAUUAUCCCAAUUUUGGACUGCUGUUGUAUUUUGAUAUUGAUGAAAAAACAUUUAUAAACUAAUAUGACUUCACAAUACAGAAGCACGAUGUCAUAUAUGAUUUCAUAAUGUACUUUGUGAGUGAAGGGCAAUUUUUUUUGGAAAAACUUGAUAUGACAGUAUAAAAAUUUAUUCUAUAAUUAGAGAUUUGUGAUAUCAUAAUACCAUUUGAGAUGCGGUAGAAAGAUUUAAAAAAAAAAGGAAAAUUUUCAUAAUUGGGACGAAAUGGAAUUUGUAAAAAAAACGAAUUUCGUGACAAUACAAAACCAGGAACAAUCAGAAAGUGGAUUAUGAGUGGGGGGUCAUUUCAGUCUCCCCGCCUUCCCCUCCCCAAAAAAAUCCUAGUGCCGUCAGUCAUUGCUUGAAAGUGUAUUGCAUGAAUUGUAACAGAUAGUGGGUAGGGUCAGAGGUCGAGAAAUGCUGGUUUCCAAGCGACUUGAGUAUCUAAAUAGAGUUUCAAGAUACUAAAAUUGCUAUGUGUCAUACAGAAAAAUUAUUUUUUAUAUUUCAAAAGAGGGGGGGGGGGGGUCCGACCCUAAAUAAAAAAAAUUCGAAACUUGUGUUGAUUCCCAAUUUGAAAUGCUCUAAUUAAAUUUAUUUGUGUAUGUUUUGGUGAGAGAUUUUAAUCUGUUUAUUUUGGUUUGAGCAGAAGAACUUCACAUUUGAAAGAUUUUUCAGAAAUGCUCUUAAACGAACGUGGCACCCUCUUUUGAAAGCUUUAGUUAUAGAUUUUAUGUAUGUUUUGAUGAUUAUACUCAAUAAAGGGAGAUUCGAGGGUCAGAACUCUUCCUAUUGAAAUGUGUAAAAGGGGAUUUUUUGUACCAUACAUGGCAAUUUUUCAUAGUUUGAAAUGGUCUUUAAACCUAUGAGACUUUUAAAAAAUGUAUAUCAGUCGCCAGCUACACCUGGCUAACUUGGCAAAAAGAAAUUUCAGAAUUUGUCCAACUCCAACUUUUAGCAAUUUCAUGUGACCUCAUAGUCAAUGUAUUUGGUUUCCAUAGCAAUUACACUUUUUGUGUAGGAUUUAAAUUUUCUGAUUUUUUUAAUUAAAAUUAUGUUGUUUUAAAGAAAUUGUUACUCUUUUAAUGAUUCUUUAAAUUUUUUGAUUUGGUGAAUGUGUGUUAUAUUAAUCGAAAAAUAUGUAUGUGAUAUGGUGGACGUAAUUUUAAUUUAGAGUCAUGCUUCAGAGAUUAUAGUCUGUUUUGUGGCGCCACCAAAAGGAGGAUUUCAAAACCCGUGCACCAGACCAUCGAAAUAUGUACUUAGUCUCGUCCAAUCCAAACUAUCACCAUUUGUUUUAGUCUUGUAAUCGGGGUACUUGGUUUCCAUGGCAAUUGCACUUUUUGUGUGUGAUUCAAAUUUUUAGAUAUUUCAAGUUUAAAAUUUUGUUGAUUUAAAAUAAAUGUUACCCUUUUAAAAAUACUCUUGCAGAAAAAUGUUUCAACAAACAUGUUACUCUUCUAAUGAUUCUUAAAUUUAAUGAUUCUAUUUUAUUUGGUGAAUGUGUGUGAUAAUAAGAAAGAUAUGUGAUUUGUUGGACAUAAUUUUUAUUCUAUGUCACGCUUCAGUGAUUACAGUCUGCUAUGUGGCACCAUCUAAUGGAGGAUUUAAGAACCAGUGCGACAAACCAUCUAAAUCAGUUGUUCCAAAACUGCAGGCCAGUCACGACUUUCGUAACUAUUUAAUAUUGCCCGCCAAACUUGAGGGAAAUAGUUUAACACUUCAUGUUUUUUUCCAUUUACGUUCUAGAAACCACCAGUUGUUACGUCAUUAUCACAGUUUAAGCGUGUGUAUAUUCGUAACAAUUCAUUUAUACCGGUAUCAUAAUUAUACGUACUGGUGCCAGACCAUAGCAGACGCCUCCAUUUCUCUGCCCACAAAUAUCUUUCCACAUUAAUUUUGGUCAAUUUACUUUGGGAACUGAUCUAAAUAUAAAGUUAGUCUCGUCCAGCCCAAACUAUUUCCAGCUACUAUAAAGUCUUAUAAUCAGGGUACUUGGUUUCCAUGGCAAUUGCACUCUUUGUGUGUGAUUCAAAUUUUUGAUUUUUUUAUGUUUAAAAUUAUGUUAUUUUAAGAAAAUGUUACUCUUCUAAUAAUUCCUUCGCAAAAGAAUUUUAUAUAUUUUUUUGAUUUGGUGAAUAUUAUGUGUAAACGAGGGUUUCAACUAAACAGUGUGAAAUAUGAAAAAGCUGUUUUGGGUGAAUAUCGCCAGAUAUAGCAUGUCUUUCUUGUAUUAUUUUCAAAUAAAAAAUGGUUCUCUAAAUUUCAAUGCUAUUUUGUCUUAAAAUCCUCCUAAUACUUGGUUUGUUGAGCAAAUAUUGAUAAUGAGUCAUGAUUUGGUGAUUACAGUCUGAUAUUCGCAGAAUUUGGUUCCGCAGUGAGCAUGUGGCGCCAUCUAAUGGUAUAUUUAGUAUUACUAGUAUUCCCACUAUUUGUGUUUUUUUGAUAUCUUGCAUUUAGAGUUGCGCCACCAAAUGGGGAGGGAGAGUUACCGGUCCCCCCACUUUCAUUUCCUACAGGGGUUUGCCAAAUUGCGCACCUCCCAAGUUAUUUUCGAUCCUGUCGUGAUGCAUUGACUCCUUUUCUAAAAAAUUCAUUUUUCUGCGGUCAAAUUGAAAAAAAAUUAUUAAAAUCAACUCUGAGAAAGAUACAUGACAAGCUUGCCACAUUAUGAUCAUUUGUGUUACUUAUUCUGUUUUAAUUUACAUUUUAAUUUUGCCCUGUGCUGCCUUAAAUUAUUGGUUUUAUUGAUUACAGCUUCAAUAGAUAACUAUUGACCAACAAUUCCAUCCUUUGUGUGCUUUUGUGAUCAUGUCCAUGCAUCCGAAACGAAUUGGUAUACCGUGUUUCACCGAAAAUAAUAGUAUGAGAGGUCGUUUUCCAUCUUAAAGGUCUUCGAAAAUAAUGUAAAAUACUUUUUUAUAUUUUAUUGGCUCUUCAUCUACCCAGAAUAUAAAAAUCCUUAUUUCACACUAAAAUGGGGUGAUACAUAUUUGUGUAGAAUAGUGACGUAAAAAUUGAAUUUAUUUUUCCAAUUUUUGUUUUUUCUUAAAAUCUUACCGCUAUCUCAUGGUGAGAUGGGCCGAUAUGUUUUGCUUUGCAGAGUUACUGAAUUAUAAAUCACAUUCUUUUCGCUCCCUGGGAUAUGAAUGUGAAAAGCUCUUUUAUUUUGGAACAACAUAUAUUAUUUUUAACGUCGCAAAUUAGUGAGGUAAAUUUUUUUUUUAAUUUUUGUGAUUUUAUCCCCCAGGCAAUGUUUUUAUUUAGUCCAUCCAUCGUUAUUUUAUUCAGAAAUAUUAUUUUAGCCGUUAUAAUUUUUUUUGGUGUUUUAUUAAAUUAGGCGAAAUAUGUUCUAUAUUUUUUCUGUGUGUAACCAAUUUUAGAACUUCUGCCAAUUCUGCAAGUAAAUUACAUUAUUUAA